UCCCCACCAGUCUUCAUUUAAGACUUAACACUUAAAUGAGCAGAUUAAUGAAAUAUUUAUAAUCAGUUCAACCAAUGUUGAUUACAAAAGAAUGUCAUUUUUAUUUUUUACCUUUGCAAAGGUUUGACGUAAAUAACCACAUCAAUGCAAUAAAACUGUCUGUUAUCUGUUGUUUUCCAUUCAUUAUCAGUCCAUGAAAUAUAUCAUUCUUUUACCUAAUCCAACAUUUAGCAUUACACUUCAUAUUUUUCUUAUUGGAUCUCAAUGCAUAGUGAAAGUGCUUCUUUGUCUAAUUUGAAAAAUGCAUCAUGUCUUGUUCUUACUGUUCAUCAGCCAUGUCAUAAUGAAAUAAAUCUGCAUCGUAUUAUUCCAGCACUACAGCCUGUUAUAUAGCAAGGCCUUCCAGUGAAAAUUCCGCCAUCUGAUCUCAUCUGCAGAUAUUAUAACAGGAAAAUCUUGCUCCACUAAUUCAAGCCAUCAAACUGGUGAUCUUCCUCGUUUUCUGACUCCAUGAGUUAAAUACAAGUAAGCAUUGAGUUCUGAAGUGAAAUAACUUACUUGGACUUAUUAAAGAAGGCAAUAAAGCUUAAAAAGAGUUUUUUCAAUGCAAGAGAUGAUUUAAGUCCAGACAAAAAAAAUGGCCUUUCCCUACUGUGAAAAAUUAAAAGUAACUCAUUUAGAAUUAAGUAACAAAAAUUUCAAAUCGACAAUUCUAUCACACAUAAAUAACAGUCAUGCCAGGUCAAUUCUCCUUGAUAGAUGUAUUUAUCCUAGUGAUUAUCAGUUAGCAGAAUUCUCAUCAAGAGUUUAUAAAGAAGGAGAAUAUUUAGAAUCAUUAGAACAAGGUUGGGAUUUAUUGACAACUGGAAAAAACCAAGAAGACGGUUAUUUUGGAGCAGCAUACUGGAAUCCCGAUCACCAACAAGUUGUAAUUGCACACAAAGGCACAAAUCCCAAGAGCGUGAAUGAUCUUUGGACUGAUUAUGAGGGUAUUUUAUCGAAUGAAUACACUUCUCAAAUGAGCUCUGCGGUUUCUUUUGCCGAUAAUAUUGCGGUUGAACUGGAAAAACUCAAUCAAAAACAAUCUGUUAAUUUGACUCUGUCAAUUACUGGACAUUCUUUGGGAGCAUGGCUUGGACAAAUCACAGCUUUUUCUACUAAAUAUCUAACUAAAGGCGAGGGUCACUUUUUUGUAAAGAGCAGAAAAGAAGGUUUUCACGUGCAUACAGUAGUCUUUGAUAGUCCUGGUUGCAGAGACAUGUUGUUGAAAAUGGAAAGUGACUUUGAUGUACGCUACAGCGGUAAAGCCCACUCAUCUUUUUUCUUGGAUGUCUCAAUUUACCUAUCCGCACCAAAUUUGGUAAAUACUCUUCACUCACAUCUUAACGUUGGUCAUUUAUAUCGGUUGUUUAUUGAAAAUAUAGCCCACAGAUCAUCUAGUUGGGAUUUUUUUCAAUACACAAUGGAAACUCACAAUAUGAACAGCAUUAAAAAGGCAUUAAUAUGCAGUUCGGCAAAAAAGAUAAUGAAGGUCAUAGACUGGCCAUUAGUAAAAGAAGGAUUAGGUGGAAUUAUUGUUAAAAAAAUAUUUAAUAUAUUUACAACAAAUCCCAACGAAUAUGAACAUUUUCAUGAAUUAGCUCAUUGUAUCAACCUUUAUAAUCCACCUCCAAAUGGUAACGAAUAUUGUACUCUUCGUUAUCAAGUGCAAAGUAUAGAAAAAGGAGAAUGUAGUGCUAAUAUUUUCACACAAUCGGAGUUUGAAUUUUUGAAUGGUUGUCACAGGUUAAAGCAAUUUUCGAUGCUUUCCGUCGCAGAUCAUUUAUUUCUUUUGCUAGUUGAAAAAUCCAAAGGAGUGAUAAGUAAGGACAAAAUUGAAGAAAUUCUGCAAGAUCUUACAAUAAAAGAGGGAAUAGGGCUAGGAAUUAUUAAGCACAAUUCGGAAAAACAAUUGCAAAAAUUAAUUAUUUGUGUCAAAAACAUUUUGUUUAUUUUUCCAGACAUACAUAGGGAGAUAAGUAAAUUAAAAAAUUUAGCAGUUUUUGAAGAAGUAUAUAAAAAACAGACUUUUAAUUAUCUUAAAUCGAUUCAGUAUAUUGAACUAAAGAAGGCAACGAUGGAGUAUACAGAUUUUUUAAAUAACGCUGACUUGAAGUUUUUGCAAAUAAUAUGUAAGGUGCAUCCUGUAUUUGGAAUCAAAAAACUACAUAAGCUUCUAAUGGAGAAUAAACUUAACUAUGAAGCUAGUAAAAGCUUUUUUCUAAGUCUGAAGCAACUUUUAAAUUUAGAGCAGUUUUUUGCUUUGAAUGAAUUUGUAAAACAAUUAGAUAAAAACGCUCCUCUGUUACUUGUUGUUGAAAGUAAUAACGAUCUCUGGAAAGAAGAUAAGAAAAUAUUAAUUAACAAUUUUAUAAAAAUAUUAAAUAUUUUGAAAGAUAAACAGAAAUUUAAGUUUAUUUUAUUUUCUGGAGAGAAGAAUGAUUUAGAAUAUUUCUUAGGAAAUAAUGAUGAAUUUUAUUAUGAAAUGGUCGAUAACACAAGUUUAGAGUUUCAUGAUUUAACGGAAGAUUCUCAAAAAAUACUUUCUAAUAAGACAAUGUAUUUCCAAGGUGAAAAGACAACUUUAAAUACAUUAAUAACCGAGGAGUCAAAACAUGUAGUAGAUGAAAGAUCAUUAUCGAAACUCAUGAACAAAGAAACGAUAGAAAUAGGCAAAAAACUCUUAAAUUUAGGUGAUAUGGAAACCUACUACAUCAAUCGAAUUUUCAAUCAGUCUACAAUUAAGAAAGAUAUUAAAAAUGAUUAUAAAAUACAUAUAACCUAUAACGAUAAAAUUCAAAAAUCCAGCCUUAAUCGAGAGCAAGACAUUGUGUUGAUUUCUGACGAAAGAGCAGGUUUUGAUGAACUGUGUAAGGUAUUUGAAAAUCGAAAUAUUCAUUGGCUGAAAGAAGUAGAUAACCAAUUUGUCUGGCAAAAAUCUCGAGGUGCUCUAUCAAUAUUACGUGAUUAUAUAGAUACAGAAAAUGUAACUGAAUUUCGUGACAUAGAUGGACGUAUAGUAAUUAUAAGUGCAGUAUCUGGUGCGGGAAAAUCAACGGUUCUGACUAAACUAGCACAAGAGAUGAAAAACUUUGAUUCUUCUCUGUGGGUUGUCAGAAUUAACUUGAAUGACUAUACAGAAAUAUUUGCAAAUAAUGACUUCAUUAAAGACAAGGACAAAAUUUUUAAAUUUCUAAUGAACAUAGCUGGCUUAAACACACCUCUGGAGCAAGAUUUAUUUAAGUAUAGACUGAAUGUUUUAGGUAAAGUCGCUAUAUUAUUAGAUGGAUUUGAUGAGAUCGUUCCUAGAUACAAAGAGAAAGUUGUUGAACUACUAAAAGCUGUAAAACAUUCAAAAGUAGAGAAACUCUGGAUAACUUCACGGCCACACAUGAAAGAUGAACUAGAAGAUGUAUUAAGUGUACUUUCAUUUAGUCUAAUGCCACUGUCUAGAAACGAUCAGGUGAUGUUCAUGAAAAACAUGUUGUGUAAUAUUCAGAAAUUUAGCAUCAAAGAGAACUUUGAGCUUUACGCUAACAAACUACUAGACAAAGUGCUACAGUCCAUCUCCGAUAAAAAUAAGGAAUUUACAGGAAUACCAUUACAAACAAAGAUGCUGAUUGAAGCUUUUCAAGAAAAAAUUAAAACUUUUUAUGAUCAGUUCAACAAAAACGAAUCAAAUAUAUCCAUAAAACUAGAUCUUAUGAACUUAUAUAGAGCCUUUGUUGAAAGUAAGUACAAAAGGCAUCUUUUAGAAAAACAGAUAUUGAAUCUAUCGAAAUCAGGUCCAGAGUAUGACACGUUAUUCGCAUCCUUCGAGAAAAAAUAUUCCUUGUUAGCAUUGUGUAUACUUUUCCAUGAAGAAGAUUUAAAUCAGUUUUUGAUAGAAGAAGAAUUGGAGACGAUAAAAUUACUCAAGAGACAGAUACAAGAAGGUAAAGAAAAUUCAGGUUUCAUUAGUCAUAUUGUUGCUGCCAAACCAAUAUUCAUUCACUUCAGUUUUGCUGAAUAUUUUGCUGCACAUUUUUACUCGAAGAACAUAAAAAGAAAAGAAGUAACUAAAUUUUUUUGCCAUCAGGUUUAUGGAAAAGAACAUAACUUAACUAGGAUCUUUUUCGAUCAAAUGGUAACUGCCGAUAAGCAUACCUGUAAGAUGCACAUUGCAAUUUUAAACAAUGAUAUAGAAAAAGUAAAACAAUUAUUAUCAAAUGCAGAAAAAGCAAAAGAUUUCGUUAAUGCUGCAGAUAAAGUAGGAAGAACAGCACUGCACUUAGCUGCUGCAUAUGGAAAUUUUUAUAUGGUUAAGACUUUGUUGAAUCACGAAUUUAGAGUAGAUGCUAAGGAUCAACUACUUGGUUGGAGGCCUUUAAGAUAUGCUGAUAAAGACGGUCAUUGGGAAACUGUUGAAUUACUCUUAAGAAAGGGUGCGAAUGCACGUGACAUGUGUGAAGCAAUAAAAAGCCUUGUAAUUUACGAUGCUCAGAAACCAAAAGUGACUUUAUUACAUGAGGCGGCAGCUAAAGGUUUAGUAACGAUUUUAGAGACUCUCAUAGAAAGUAAAAUAAAUUUGAUCAAUGUUGUUGAUGAAAGUGGGUGGUCUCCUCUUCAUUAUGCUGCAGAUGAAAAAGUUGCCAAUUUUUUAAUAAAAUUUGGAGCCGAUAUUGAAGCCAAAGAUUGGUCUGGAGAAGCACCUUUGCAAUUGGCUCUGAGGCGAGGAAAUAUUGAGGUUGCCGAGCUUUUAAUUGCAAAAGGUGCUAAUAUAAAUGCUAAAGAAAACACAGGUAUUACACCUCUGCACACCGCUGUUAUAAAUGGAAAAGAGGAGGUUGUCGAGUUUUUAAUAAAAGAAGGUGCUGAUGUUGAAGCUAGGAAUUUCAAUGAUAUAACACCUCUGUAUUUUUCUGAAAGCAAAAAAAUUUCAGAGCUUUUAAUUGCAAAAGGUGCUGAUAUAAAUGCUAAAGAUAGCGAUGGUUGUACACCUCUGCACGCUGCUGUUGAGCAGGGAAAGUAUGAGGUUGUCGAGCUUUUACUAAAAAAAGGUGCUGAUGUUGAAGCUAAAAAAUUUAAUGAUAUAACACCUCUGUUUUUAGCUGAUAGCAUAAAAAUUUCAGAGCUUUUAAUUGCAAAGGGCGCUGAUGUAAAUGUUAAAAGUAGCAUAGGUUAUACACCUCUGCAUGCUGCUGCUGUGAAUGGAAAAGAUGAGGUUGUCGAGCUUUUAAUAAAAAAGGGUGCUGAUGUUGAAGCUAACGAUUCUGAUGAUUUAACACCUCUGUUUUUUGCUGGUAGCAAAAAAAUUUCAGAGCUUUUAAUUGCAAAAGGAGCUGAUAUAAAUGCCAAAAGUAGUGAAGGUUUUACACCUCUGCACGCUGCUGUUAAAAAUGGAAUAGAUGAAGUAGUCGAGCUUUUAAUUGUAAAAGGCGCUGAUAUAAAUGCUAAAAAUAACGCAGGUAUUACACCUCUACACUCCGCUGUUAUAAAUGGAAAAGAGGAGGUUGUCGAGCUUUUAAUAAAAGAAGGUGCUGAUGUUGAAGCUAGGGAUUUCGAUGAUAUAACACCUCUGCAUUUUGCUGGUAGAAAAAAAAUUUCAGAGCUCUUAGUUGCAGAAGGAGCUGAUAUAAAUGCUAAAGAUAGCGAAGGUUGUACACCUCUGCACGCUGCUGCUGAAAACGGAAAAGAUGAGGUUGUCGAGCUUUUAAUAAAAGAAGGUGCUGAUGUUGAAGCUAAAAAUUCGAAUGAUAUAACACCUCUGUUUUUAGCUGGUAGCAAAAAAAUUUCAGAGCGUUUAAUUGCAAAAGGCGCUGAUGUAAAUGCUAAAUGUGUGAGCGGUUAUACACCUCUUCAUGCUGCUGUAGAAAAUGGAAGAGAUGAAGUUGUUGAGCUUUUAAUAAAAGAAAGUGCUGAUGUUGAAGCUAAAAAUUCGAAUGAUGUAACACCUCUGUUUUUAGCUAGUAGCAAAAAAAUUACAGAGCUUUUAAUUGCAAAGGGCGCUGAUGUAAAUGCUAAAUGUAUGAGUGGUUAUACACCUCUUCAUGCUGCUGUUACAAAUGGAAAAGAUGAGGUUGUCGAGCUUUUAAUAAAAGAAGGUGCUGAUGUAAAUGCUAAAAAUUUGGAGGAUGAAACACCCCUGUUUUUAGCUGGCAGCAAACAAAUUUCUGAGCUUUUAAUUACAAAAGGCGCUGAUAUAAAUGCUAAAAGUAGCAAAGGUGGUACACCUCUGCACACUGCUACUCUGAAUGAAAGAUAUGAGGUUGUCGAGCUUUUAAUAAAAGCAGGUGCUGAUAUUGAAGCUAAAGAUUCUGAUGGUGAAACACCUCUGUUUGCAGCCGAAAGCAAAAACAUUUUAGAGCUUUUAGUUGCAAAGGGCGCUGAUGUAAAUGCUAAAUGUAUGAGUGGUUAUACACCUCUUCAUGCUGCUGUUGAAAAUGGAAAAGAUGAGGUUGUCGAGCUUUUAAUAAAAGAAGGUGCUGAUGUUGAAGCUAAAAAUACUGAUGAUCUAACACCUCUGUUUUUUGCUAGUAGCAAAAAAAUUUCAGAGCUAUUAAUUGCAAACGGCGCUGAUAUAAAUGCUAAAAGUAGUGAAGGUUAUACACCUCUGCACGCCGCUGUUGUGAUUGGAAAAGAUGAGGUUGUCGAGCUUUUAAUAAAAGAAGGUGCUGAUGUAAAUGCUAAAAAUUUGGAGGAUGAAACACCCCUGUUUUUUGCUGACAACAAACAAAUUUCUGAGCUUUUAAUUGCAAAAGGCGCUUAUAUAAAUGCUAAAAGUAGUGAAGGUUAUACACCUCUGCACGCCGCUGUUGUGAAUGGAAAAGAUGAGGUUGUCGAGCUUUUAAUAAAACAAGGUGCUGAUAUUGAAGCUAAAGAUUGUGAUGAUGAAACACCUCUGUUUACAGCCGAAAGCAAAAGCAUUUCAGAGCUCCUAAUUGCAAAAGGAGCUGAUAUAAAUGCCAAAAAUAGCGAUGGUUAUACACCUUUGCACAGAGCUGUUAUGAACAAUAAUGUGGAGUUUGUUGAGCUUUUAGUAAAGGAAGGUGCGAAUGUCAGUGAUAAAGAUAACCUUGGUAGAACACCUUUAUUUUAUGCUAAUAGUAAAACGGUACUCGAGUUCAUAAUUGCAAAUGGUGCCGAUAAAGUUACGGGUAUACACAUCUAAAUCUCAUGAAUAAAAAGCAUGAAAUUGUCUUGCCUUCUAUAGAAAAAUGAGCUUAAAGUGAAGAUCAAAAUAGGUAGAAUGAUACAACAAAGCAAAAUACUGCUGAAUAUGGUUUCCAUGAGUAAAUUGGUUAAUACUUCAUAAGAGCAUAUACCUCUUAAAUUCCUUACACAGAUGUGAAGGCCAGAAAAGAUAACUUUGAGGCUAUUACUCGAGGAGCUGAUCUUGGGAAUUAACUUUUCAACUCUUCUUUAUCAAUCUUUAUUUUUAUAAAUUUAAACGGAUCUUGCCAACAUCAAAAAUUUCAUCUUCUGCACAGUUUUAGACACGAUUCUUCAUUUUCUAUUUUAUUUGGCUUUUGGUUAAAAAAAUGAUUAAAUUUGAACUGAUUAGAGACUUGUCAGCAAAUUUUCUAUGACAGUGCCCUAUGAAAUAAAAAAACUGUUAUGCCUUAAAUAUCUCAAAGUUUUAAUGUUGAAUGUUAAAUUAAUUUGGACUAUUGUACUCAAACUUUGCUGUAACUGAAGGUUUUAAAAAGCUGUGUAUAUUUUUCACAAUUUUAUUAAACUCAUGAAAUUGUU